GUUUAAAGUGGGAAAUUCACAUGAAAUGUACGUUGUUUAUUAGUUUACUACCGAAAUUUAUUUACUACAACGAUUGUUUCGCAAACAUGAGUAAAAGAAAACAUCAGAAGUCUUUGCCGCCCACACAAAAUGCUUCAUCAGCUUCGCUAGAUGACGGAUCGGACGAGGAGGACCAUGGUCAUAACAUGCAGAACGCCGUUAAGGAGUGCGCUCGAUAUAUUCUUCAUCGGGAAGGAAGCAAGAUCCCUAUCAAAAAAGCUGAUAUCGCCAAGCAUUUGGCUACGGCUUGCCAGACUCCAUCGCAGUACGUCUCCAGUGUCAUAAGUGCUGCUGAAAAAUUACUUAAAAAGGUAUAUGGUUAUAAGCUGGUCUCGAUAAAAGGUAAAAGUGGGGUGCAGUACAUAGUGGUGUUGACAGAGGAGUGCGAGUCUCUGCCGUCCAAUGUGUCGGAGCCGGAACUGAGGACCAUGCUCAUGGCUUCGCUCACACACAUAUUCAUGUCUGGUGGCAGUGUUAAAGAAGACGACCUGUGGAAGUUCCUGAGCGAGGCUGGUCUGCUGGAGGAGAAUGACUUUGCUGGCAGGAAGGCUUUCAUUGCCACCUUCACUAGACAACUGUACUUGUCAUUCACAAAGGUUGGCGAUGGCGAUUUAGCGUGGAACGUUUUUGAAUGGGGCCAGAGAGCUCACCAGGAAGUGCCCAAAAUGUUCUUAUUACAGAAGAUGGCAGAGGCAUUUGAGAAAACCCCAGAGCACUGGGCCGAGCAGUACAAACAAGCGACCGAGAGUAACACCGCGGCCGCCUCAUAAAAAAAUAAGCUUAUUAUUAUCGUAAAUUACUGUUCCAGUCUUUAAAUGUUGUCAUUAUUGUUAUUGAUCUAUAGUCUGACAAUAAAGAGUAGGAAUUAAAAAGUGGCAAUACUAUAGUGUCGUCCCGUUUUCUUAUAUAGAUUGAUUUGAAAGAGACGACACUACAGUGUGGCCACUCUUUAAUGUCUACUCUUUUUUUCAGACUAUAAAGUACACUUGCAUUAGCCGACGGUAUGCAAGCGAGACAGCGCUGUCUCGCUCGCACACCGUUGCCGCAUCUGUGGGUCUACUACGAACCCAUCCAAUCGCCCGUCCGUCUAUUCGCCUGCCUAUUGCCUGAAUAUGCAAGACAGGCAGAUAACGAAAUUUCAAUGUUCAAGGUAAGGGCUCUGAUUGCGGCGACAGUGAAGACUGCUUUAUUGCCCUUGUCUUAAAGCCGUAACAGACUACCUCACCGCACAUCGAUAGUGUGUACUCGUAAGGUAGCCGUACGUCGCUUGACCGCACCAAGCUCGGGGUGCGGUAGUCUGUUACGGCUUACGGCUUUUAUACUUAUUAAAAGUCGGGUAGAUAAAUAAAUAAGGGUACAGGCUAAGAGGCGAGUGUUCAGUGGCCUUUACUGUUUCUUCUAAUUAGAUCAUUAUAGGUUUUAAGUCGUUUUAUAAUAAAUAAAAGUUGACAUGCGAUCUCA